UGUACACAAGUACCGUCGAUUUGGUAAACAGAGUCUCGGUUAACCGGUCUUGUGAUGUCCGCCACCGUGGUACUGGUGCUGGUGAUCGUGGUUUUGAUGGUGUUCGCCGCGCUGACUAGGUCGAAGGCGAAGGAUCAACCGCCAGGGCCCUUUGCCUGGCCCAUCGACGGCAAUCGGACUAUGCUGCAACGUUUGACACGGCAGUGCGGGGCGCAGCAUUUGGCGUUCAUUGAGCUCUGCAGACGAUACGACAGCCCCGUGAUAACAUUGCAGCUCGGCUUCGAGAAGGUGGUGGUCGUUUCCGGGAGCAAAGAGAUUCUCACGGUACUGAAGAGCGAGGAGUUCACCGGCCGGCCAUGGAACGAGUUCAUUAAGAUACGUAACUUGGGGAAGAAGCAAGGUAUCACCAUGAACGAUGGACAAGAUUGGAACGAGUUACGCGGCUGGAUGGUAAACACCCUGAAGAACUUUGGCUUCGGAGGACGGGGGAUGUCGGAGAUGAUCAAGGACGAGCUGGUCGUGGUCCUGGAUAGCCUGAAGGGCGGUGGUGUGAAACGGCUGAAACCAAUACUAACACCUGCUGUAAUAAACGUUCUAUGGGCUUUGACAACGGGAAAGCGAUUCUGCGAGGGAGUCAGGUUAGAGUACUUCAUGGCCUUGAUGGAACGUCGCGCGUGCGUGUUCGACAUGGUUGGCGGGGUUCUCUCCAAUUACCCCUGGAUUCGUUACGUUGCACCUGAGGCCUCCGGUUACAACCUUCUCGUUGCGCUGAACAAGGAACUCAAGGAUUUCUUAAUGGAGACCAUCAACGAGCACAAAAAGAACUAUGUCGCGGGUAGCGAAGCAGACUUGAUCGACGAGUUCAUUCGUGAGAUGGUGAACGGCAAAGGAGACACCAACGUUUACACAGACGAUCAGCUGGUGAUGCUGCUGGUCGAUCUAUUCCUCGCCGGAGCCACAACCACCGCGAUCGCGAUGGACUUCAUGUUCCUCAGUAUGGUGGUGUACCAAGAUGUGCAGCGUGAAGUGCACAAUGAGAUCGACUCGAUAAUAGCGUCCGACAGGCUUCCAGAUUUACUGGAUCGACCGAAGUUACCUUAUACGGAAGCGGUGAUGACCGAGUCGCAACGUAUGUGGCCGGUGUUCCCUGUGAUCGGGCCGCGGCGUGUUCUUCAGGACACAUACCUCGAGAAUUACAGCAUACCGAAGGAAAGCACCAUCGUGAUAAAUAUAUACUCGGUCGGGAUGGAUCCGACUUUGUAUUCCAAGCCGAACGAAUUUAAACCGGACAGGUAUAUCAUGGACGGAGCAUACAAAGCGGAUCCAAACAACUUGGUCUUCGGGAGAGGAAAAAGAAGAUGUCCUGGUCAAGUACUGGCUCAAUCCGCGUUAUUCCUCCUGUUCGUGGGCGUCAUGCAGAAGUUCACGCUACUUCCGGUCCCCGGAAAGGGGCCAACAUCCGUAGAAAUCGUUCCCGGUCUCGCGAUAUCGCCGAAACCAUACGAGGUAUUGCUAGUACCACGAUAA